UCUUCAAUCGUUUCUAGUUUAUUCUCAUUUUUUUCACUUCCCUUUACUUUGCAAAUGACAUAAGAACUGCAAUUAACCUUGAUAGUUGAUCCAUAAUUCUUCGCAGAUGAUGGCUGGGGUGAAAUGUUCCGGGAUGUCGAUGGUAAUUAGGUAGCUCAUAAAACAAAAUUAAUUUCCUUCUGGCAUCAAAGCUGUUGCAGAUUAUGUUCAUGGGAAGGGUCUUAAGCUUGGCAUUUAUUCAGCUGCAGGGUAUUUUACUUGUGCAAAUGUGAUGCCUGGUUCACUUGGUUAUGGAGAGCAAGAUGCCAAGACUUUCGCAUCAUGGGUAUAUAACACUGCUUCUUUCUUAAAUUUGAUUAUUCCUUUUGCUCACUCAAACAUAUCAGUUGCUAUUAAACAAACGGUUAUUAUCAUCAUUGUUUUAUCUUUCUUAGGGUGGAACAAAGCCUAUUGAUAGGUAGUAAAAAUAGUUAUAUUUUCACAACACUGUUAUAUAUAGUUAUUUUUCAAUUUCAUUUUCAUACCUAAAAAUGAAAAUUGUUUUUUAUUUAAUGUAUAGAUACCCUAUUAUGCCUCGAUUUUUGAUGAAGGUAGGCCGUCCAAUCUACUUCUCACUAUUUGAAUAGUAGUUUGUGUUUUGUUUUUACAAUGUUUUAGAUAUUGUUUUCAAAUUUUGCACUCAAUUUUUCCCUCUAAUUACACAUUGCUUUGUUAAUAAGGGGAGACAUGCAUCCUGCAUUAUGGGGUUAUCAAGUGGGAAAUAGCUGGAGAAUUACUGAUGACAUUAGGGAUAACUGGGAUAGUAUGCUUUCAAAAGCAGAUAUGAAUGAAGUUUAUGCUGAUUAUGCAAGACCUGGUGGUUGGAAUGGUAUGAAUUUCACUAUGCUUUCUUUAUUUUGUCUAGAUGAUAAUGACUAGUGAGAGUAUUUUUUGUUUUUUGUUUAUGUUCAUCUCUCUCUGUCAUUCUAAACAUUUAAAUCGAUCGAUCCUAACAUGCUCGAGAUAGGAAAUGAAAGGAUGAACAAAAAUGAAUAUAUUGUUCACUUCAGUUUAUGGGCCACUUCCAAGGCCCCUCUUAUUAUCGGGUGUGAUGUUAGAAAUAUGACUGAAGACACUAAAGAGAUACUAUCAAAUACGGAGGUUAUUGCAGUUAACCAAGAUCCACUUGGUAAACAAGGUAAAAAGGUUAGGAUGGAAAGCACUCUCGAGGUUUGGGCAGGUCCUCUUUCAGAAUAUAGGGUGGAUGUUGUUUUACUCAAUAAAUACUCUGAUCUUCGUGCGUCCAUUACUGCUCUAUGGGAAGAUAUUGGCCUUCAUCCUUCAACUGUUGUUGAAUCAAGAGAUCUUUGGGAGCAUAACACAUUGGAAAGACAAUUCAGUGGUAAAUUGACUGACACUGUUGAACCACAUUCUUGCAAAAUGUAUGUGUUGAAGCCAAUAGCUUGAGUUUCAAAAAGAUGUUUGGAUUGUAACUUUGGGAGCCAUUGCAGCACAAGCACAUUUUUCAUUUGCUCACGAACUUUUCUUUUACUAGUAUCUCGUGAAUUAACAUUCUUCUCAUGUUUCUACUCAUGGACAUAUUCUACUGUAGUUUGUUUAAUUUAAACAAGGUUGCAGUUUCUACUUUA